AUGGCGCGGCCCGCGGCGGUUCGCGUGCUCUGGGCGCUGCUGCUGCCGCUGCUGCUGGGCUCUGCGCGCGGCCUGCGGAAUGCUUCCCAGAGGACAUUCACAAUUGACUACAGCCACAACCGCUUCCUGAAGGACGGCCAGCCCUUCCGCUACAUUUCGGGAAGCAUUCACUAUUCCCGCGUGCCCCGCUUCUACUGGAAGGACCGGCUGCUGAAGAUGAAGAUGGCUGGGCUGAAUGCCAUCCAGACGUACGUGCCCUGGAACUUUCACGAACCCCAGCCGGGACAGUACCAGUUUUCUGGGGAGCAGGAUGUGGAAUAUUUUAUUAAGCUGGCCCAUGAGCUGGGACUGCUGGUCAUCCUGAGGCCGGGACCCUAUAUCUGUGCAGAGUGGGACAUGGGAGGAUUACCUGCUUGGCUAUUAUUAAAAGAAUCUAUUAUUCUCCGUUCUUCUGAUCCAGAUUACCUUGCAGCUGUGGACAAAUGGUUGGGAGUCCUCCUGCCCAAGAUGAAGCCUCUCCUCUAUCAGAACGGAGGGCCGAUUAUAACCAUGCAGGUUGAAAAUGAAUAUGGCAGCUACUUUACCUGCGAUUAUGACUACCUGCGUUUCCUGCAGAAGCUCUUCCACCACCACCUGGGCAAUGAUGUACUUCUGUUCACCACUGAUGGGGCAAAUGAAAAGUUUCUGCAGUGCGGGGCUCUGCAGGGCCUCUAUGCCACAGUGGACUUUGGACCAGGUGCCAACAUCACUGCUGCUUUCCAAAUCCAGAGAAAGAGUGAGCCCAAAGGACCAUUGGUGAAUUCUGAAUUCUAUACCGGCUGGUUGGAUCAUUGGGGCCAGCCACACUCAACAGUGAGGACUGAAGUGGUGGCUUCCUCCCUCCAUGAUAUACUUGCCCAUGGGGCAAAUGUGAACUUGUACAUGUUCAUAGGUGGGACCAAUUUUGCCUAUUGGAAUGGGGCCAACAUGCCCUACCAAGCACAGCCCACCAGUUACGACUAUGAUGCCCCACUGAGCGAGGCAGGGGACCUCACUGAGAAGUAUUUUGCUCUGCGAGAAGUUAUUCGGAAGUUUGAAAAAGUACCAGAAGGUUUUAUCCCUCCGUCUACACCCAAGUUUGCAUAUGGAAAAGUUGCUCUGAAGAAGUUAAAGACGGUGGAGGAGGCCCUGAAUGUUCUGUGUCCGCCUGGGCCCAUAAACAGCCUUUAUCCCUUGACGUUUAUCCAGGUGAAACAGUAUUUCGGUUUUGUGAUGUACCGAACAACACUUCCUCAAGACUGCAGUGACCCCACACCCCUGUCUUCACCCCUCAGUGGAGUCCACGACCGCGCCUAUGUCUCUGUGGAUGGGGUGCCCCAGGGAGUCAUGGAGCGAAGUAAUGUCAUCACUCUGAACAUAACCGGGAAGGCUGGAGCCACUCUGGACCUGCUGGUGGAGAACAUGGGACGUGUGAACUAUGGCAGAUAUAUCAAUGAUUUUAAGGGCCUUAUUUCUAACCUGACCCUUGGGUCCAGUAUCCUCACAAACUGGAUGAUCUUCCCGUUGAACACUGAGGAUGCAGUACGCAGCCACCUGGGAGGCUGGCAUGGCCCUAACAAUGGCCGCCAUGAUAAAACCUUUGCCCACCGCUCGUCUAACUACACGCUCCCGGCCUUUUAUAUGGGGAACUUCUCUAUUCCCAGUGGGAUCCCAGACUUGCCCCAGGACACCUUUAUCCAGUUUCCUGGAUGGACCAAGGGUCAGGUGUGGAUUAAUGGCUUUAACCUCGGUCGAUAUUGGCCAGCACGGGGCCCCCAGAUGACUUUGUUUGUGCCACGGCACAUCCUGGUGACAUCAACCCCAAACACCAUCAUGGUGCUGGAACUGGAGCACGCGCCCUGUGGUGACAGUGGCCCAGAAGUGUGCACCGUGGAGUUUGUGGACAGGCCGGUUAUCGGUGCCCCUCCAACCCCUGGUCAUCCCCCUCCAGACCUGUCCCAUCGAGACUUGAGACUGGACUAUGUCUGAUGAUGA